AUGUACGACCAAGAACGAUACAAUUGCACCGCCGGCCUUCCUAGACCCGCAUCGGACCGCCUCCGGUAUUCUUCGGCACCGGCGAACCCCACAUGUUCUCCGCACAUCAAAUUAGUCAUCCCUGAAAACUUUGCAGGCGCUCCCAUACCUUGCAGCAGGGCACUUUUGCACAGAAAUAGCUUCAAAACUGGCGCCAUGGAUCCAGAGGCAUCUUCUUCGGCUCCUGCUGCACCUGUGCUGCCGCCAAACGUCACAAUCUUCUCCCCAUCCAAACCCAGCACAGCAAAAGCCAUCCUCAACGGCAGCAUCUUUACACGGCUCACAGCCAAUGCCCAGACCGAACCAUCAAAACUAGAGGCUACUCUCAGAGACGUCACUCGACCCGAGGUCAGCGACACCUUCUGCUUCAGCCACCGCAAUGUGGUCUUGAUUUUUGACGGCGAGAAGGACGGAGACGAUGCUACGGAUCAGCACCACGAGCACUUCCGACUCGUCUGCUUGGCGCUUAAGGACGCUGACAUCAGCCUCGAUGUUGCCGGUUGCAUUUUUGAUGCCCCGGAGGUCUUGCAGGCUGGCUUCCAGUUAGACACGCUUAGCUCGGGUUCUGUUCUGGUCAUUGACUUGAUGGGCGGGGAUGACGAUGAUGAUGAGUCGGACGAGGAUGAUGAGGCAGCCGCUGAAAGUCACUGGAUUGCGGAAGACGAGCUUCAUGAUUCGGGAGCUGCCAGGAUGACACUGAGAAGAGCAUUGGGUCUAGCUGCUAGCGGAAUCACGAAAGCAGGAGCACGCGAAUUUCAAAAGGAAAGUGUUAUUAUCAAGCUUGGCUUCCGGGAGCAACGCCGAAAGUACGGCCCUUGUGCCGAUAGCACCAAGAGGCACCAGAAGCAGGCAUCAUCAAAUCAAGCAUCCCGGGCACACAGCGAAACUGGCAAGCCCCAACGAAAAUGGGAGGUCUUGGGAGGAGUUGGGAACGGCAUAGACAGCCUUUCUGAUGCAGCCUUGAGCGUUAGACCCAUAGAGAUGAAUGGGCCCAAGUUGGAGUCUUUUCAGCGCGUCUAUGAGCGGAUGGACUUUGCUAGGUAA